AUGAGGGCUGCGAAAACCCCAGGGCAAGAGCUUGACUUCGGAGGCUACAGCAGAUGGUUCAUGUGCCAGCAGCACCUUGUUGUAGGCCACGGCCAGCGACAUUGCAGCCGGCUGGGAGGGAUAUUUUUAGCAGCCUGCCUUCUAAAAAUAGCCCCGAGCUGUUUGGAGUUGCGUCACAAGAGGUGGCCAUCCUCGGGCGGCCAGGCUUGGCCCCUGCGCCCCAGGCCGCUGCAGGCAGAGACGAGCUGCCUGCCCAGGAGGGCCAGGCAGGCGCCAAGCGCCUCAAAGCCGUUCAGGUCGACCAAGGGUGCCUCCAAGGCUCGCAGGGACCAGAUCAACGCGGAGCUGCAGGCACUGCGCUCCCUGCUGCCCAUCUCCUCCCAGGAGAAGGAGCGGCUCUCCUACCUCAACACUAUGGCCCUGGUAUGCCUCUGGCUCCGCAGGGCUCAUCUCUUCCCGCCAGACUCAGCUCCUCCUGCGGCACCGGCCUUCGGCAUGGAGCUGCUUUCCCUUCUGCCGGGGUUCUUCCUUGUGCUCUUGGCCAACGGCAAGCUGGCCUACAUCUCCGAGAACGUGGCUCAGGUCCUGGGCCUCUCCACGGUGGAGCUCCUUGCCCAGGGGGACACGGUCUUUGACAUCCUGGAUGGGCCAGUGCAGGAGGCUGUGCAGGAGAAGCUCCUCCUCGCCCAGGAGCAGCCAGGAACCGAAGUCACGUUCGUCAGCAAGAUGCGCACAUCCAAAGCCUUCCGGCUGCAGCACGGGGGGAAUCGGGCUGUGGCUGUGAGAGGGCGCUUCGUGGCCCUGCACAGGCCAGCCUCCCCCUGCGCUUCAGCCUUCAUGGCUUUCUGCACGCCGGUUGCGCAGCUGCCUGCAGACGGGGACGCCGUUUCCCAGGACGACCUCUUCCGGAGCGUGCAUGCCCUGGACAUGACGUUUACUGACGUCACGGAGAGCGUCAUCUACCACCUCGGGUACCAUCGGGAGGAGCUGAUCGGCCGCUCCUGGUACAGCCUCCUGCACCCUGACGACACCAGCCUGGCGGCCGCCCAGCACAGGGCCGUGGGUAAGCGUAAGGCCUGGGAACACGCGCGUUUCCGUGGCGCGGUCUGGCCGCACCGGAGAGCCGGCAGCGCGGGAGGACUGGAGUGA